CCUGAGUGUUUUAUUUUGAAGGCUAUGCCCCCUAUCUUCCGGUCUCAUCCACACUCUCUUUGACAGCUGGCUGCAGCUGGACGCACCUCUCCAUCUCCAUCUCCAUCUCCAUCUCCAUCCAGCCAGGACGCGCAGCCACAGCCGCUGCCCAGAGGCUCCAAAGCCACCAAUUAGAUGACCCGGACCCGAGAGAUGCUCUCUUAACUAACUCCCAUCUCUCUUUCCUUCCUGUCGUCCCUCUCCUCCGUCACAAUUCCCCCCCAGACUCCCAACUCCGCGGGUUUCCUGUCGUCCGUCCGUCGGAGUCGGAGGAGGAAGUGCUCGGUGGUCUCCCUGGUAACCGCCGUCGCCAUGGUGCUGCUGGCUCUCUCCGUUACCAUGGUGCUGCUUCUGCUCCGCACCUCGGACACCUCGGCGCACUACUACGAGAUGAUGGGCACCUGUCGGAUGGUUUGCGAUCCGUACACACCGAAACCAGGAGGCGCCACAGCCAUGGAGGUGAUCCAGAACAGUCCGCAGCCGCAGGGGAGCCGCGGGGAGCCGGGGAGACCGGGGAAACCGGGGUCUAGAGGUCCACCGGGUGAGCAAGGAGCACCGGGUCCGAGAGGGCCACCGGGAGAGCGCGCAGACGGGAAAGUGUCUCUCCUGAGUGGUGCGGCUGAAGGAGGAGAAGUUGAUGGUGUUAACUCCACAGCCAGCAGCUUCAGGAUCGCUUUCUACGUGGGUUUGAAGAACCCGCACGAAGGGUACGAGGUGUUGAAGUUUGACGACGUGAUUACAAACUUAGGGAACCACUACGACGCCGGUACCGGGAAGUUCACCUGCCAUGUGUCCGGGAUCUACUUCUUCACCUACCAUGUGUUGAUGCGCGGAGGCGACGGGACCAGCAUGUGGGCCGACCUGUGCAAAAACGGACAGGUACGGGCCAGUGCCAUAGCCCAGGACGCGGACCAGAACUACGACUACGCCAGCAACAGCGCCGUGCUGCACUUGGACUCCGGGGACGAGAUCUACGUCAAGCUGGACGGCGGCAAAGCCCACGGAGGCAACAACAACAAGUACAGCACCUUCUCCGGCUUCAUCUUGUACCCCGACUAACGCGGCUCCACGGACUGUACUGAGAACUGUUUCCAUCACGGUCCGAUAUGUUUCUCCUCUUUUUUAAAAAUAGGUGCCACAAACACACAGGCUUAUCUGCAACUGUACGUUCUGUUUAUUUAGUGAGAGACCUUUUGUAUAGUGUUUGAUUAAGUUCAACUGCUCAUCAGAGUAUAUCUUACUACAGUAACACCCCGUACGCGCUCCGAGCUGAGAAAGCGUCAAGUUCCUUUGACACAUUUCUAAAAUGCUUCAGGGGAAAUGAGCCCCAGCACCGGCCUUACUGGCUGCUCACUGUGUGUAUUCAUUUAAUCUAAUAUUUCAGGCUCAAACGAUGAAAGAAAUCUGUUGAAAUCAAGAGAUAAAAUCAAUGUCAGAUCAGCUGUUUUCAGAGUACACCUUAGGCAGCAGUGUUUGGACUUGAAGCCCGGUCACACCAGCAUUUCAUGAAAACACCACUAUCAGUGGAAAAUACAUGCUAAUUUUUCACAUUUUUAUAAUUUGAGUGAACUUUGACACAGACCUUUGCACCAUUGACCAACAGUAAACCUUUUUGGGGACAUAUGCUGCCUUCAAAUUGAAUUUGCGAGCUUGUGGUUACGACAUGGGAAGUCAUGUACACAAUAUGCUUGGAGUUCAAGUGGUUAUGUUGUGAGAGCACCGCUGCUAGGCAACAACAAUAACAACGUUACUGUCGGGCAAAAAGUAUAGAAGUAAAGAGACGCAACUACAGUGUUUUUAGACAACAGCCGCUGCUGCCAUUUUGGACUGAACACUUAUCAUAUUUAUAAUAUUUGUAUUGUUCAACACAGGCCAUUGCGGUAGAAUAUGACAACAGACUAGAAAUAAUUUAGUG